GCUGUUUUCCGGGGAGUGAACGGAGCAAGCAUCGGUCCUCCAGCUCCAGCCAACAUGAAGAAGAGCAGCUCUGACACACGGGGUCCGCAGGACUCGGCGCCGCAGCAGCCCGAUAAAGCCGGCUGGAUCCGGAAGUUCUGCAGGAAGGGGGUCUUCAGAGAGAUCUGGAAGAACCGCUUCCUGGUUCUCAGAGGAGAACAGCUGUUCAUCAGUGAGAAGGAGGUGAAGGACCUGAGUCGAGCGGAGCGUGUGGAUCUCUCAGAUUAUGAACGAUGUGAAGAAAUCAGGAAGAAUAAAAGUCGCAGCAAGAAAAACCACAGCAAGUUCAGACUGCCUGGAACCAAGGUUCCUAACUUGAUCUUCUUGGCCGUCAGUCCGGAGGAGAAAGAGUCGUGGAUCAUCGCGCUGAACGCUGCCAUCACACGAGCCCACAACAAAGUCCUGGACGAGGUGAUGGUAGAAGACGCUCAGCUGUCUCAUCUGACUCGAGAUCGAGUGAAGAUUCCUCAGAACCGCAGACUGCCGACCAGAGGGCACCUGCUGACUGUGGCGUCUACCUCCACCUCAGACGGGAUGCUGACUCUGGACCUGAUCCAGGAGGAGGACUGUCCCAGAUCCCAAACAGACGGAGCCAUCUCUGCCAGAGCCGCUGAGGCUGCUGGGAAGUCUCAGACGGGCUCCUCCCGCAUCACGCAGCCCGAGAAGCAGACGGGCUCCUCCCGCAUCACGCAGCCCGGGGAGCAGACGGGCUCCUCCCGCCCCACGCAGCCCGGGAAGCAGACAGGCUCCUCCCCCGCCACACAGCCCGGGAAGCAGACGGGCUCCUCCUCCCCCCCCUCGCAGACAGGCUCCUCCCCCCCGCGCUGCGCCUCCAUGGACCACAUCCUGACGCAUUCUGAGACGAAAGCUACGAAGAGCUCGACGCCGAUCGACCGGCUGCACGAGCUCAUCGGCAAGAAGCUGGAGAAGACGGAGCAGCUGCUGAAGGAGGCGAAGGAGACGAAGGAGGCGAAGGAGGUGAAGGAGGCGAAGGAGGUGAAGGAGACGAAGGACACGAAGGACACGAAGGACACGAAGGAGGUGAAGGGAGGCGACGGGGAAGCCAGGAAGCUGAAAGGGAAGGAGUCUGCUGAGAUGAGAAGCGAAGCUCAGAGACUCCUCAAGGAGGCGGAGGCAGCCUGGACCCAGGCCAAGGAGGUGCUGGAGGAGGUGAAGGAGCUCAGGGUUCUGUACCAACAGCUGGACCGCCCUCCUCCAACUGCACCAAAGUAAACCUGCUGUGACUCAGACCGGACCGGACUCCAGAU